AUGCAGGCCAGCCCGCACGUUUCGGUGGUCGCGGCAAAGUGGGGAGGAGCCGGGUGGAAUUUUGUGGAGCAAGCGAGCCGCGGCGAUCUGCAGUGCUGCGCGCGACAAAUUGGCACCCGCGGCCCGCUUUGGCGCAUUUCCGCUUUCGACAUCCGCUCUCGAACGUCCGCUUUCGCCAUUCCGCUUGGCACCGCACCGCACCGCACCGCACCACUUUCGGCUCCCAUCGAUCUAUGGGCACCAUCAGUGGCCAUUCCUUCGCUCUCCAUCCGUCCUGUCAGCCGUCUCCCGCACUACACGAAUCGGCCGUGCUCCACAUCCUCCCGCAUCACCACCACCAACGCCAUCUCUCACAACCCCAAAGAUACCCUCGUCACCUCUGCCAUCCGAGCGACAAAGAUGCGAAGACCCUUUGUCGAGCCAGGCCACCGCUCGGCGCGUCCCGGCAUCCGCCAUCGAUCGCGCUCCAACGGUCCGGAUCGAAAAGGCCGCGAUCCCGACACUCUUUCCCCCACCCGCGACGGUGAAAAAAGCCGUCCCGCACGCCUCGUCAGCGAAGGAGAGACCGACCAGGACGACUUCUUCAGCGACAACGACGACCAGGGUUUCGUCACACAGACUGACGAGAACGCCGUCACGGCAGCCGAAGAUGUAGACGAAGAGGACCUCGACGACCAAGAGGACAACGAAGAUGAGCGCACAGAGGCGCGUUCGAGCCGCUCCAAGCGCUCCAACCGCUCCCAAUCUUCCCUGCGUCCUGCUCCAGCCAUCCGCAGUCCUCAACUGGCCGAACAAGACGACGACGAAGACGGUGACGACGAUGACGACGAGCGCGGCACUCGCACUCCUCGCAACCGCAGCAGGAGCAAUCUAGCUGCUACCCCGCGCGGCCGACCCCGCGCCUACUCGCGCUCCAACAAACUCGCUCCAGAGGAAGAGGACUGGGCGCUUAAGGACGAGGCCAGCCGCCGCAAGGGAGGCGUCCUCGGCAGGCUCAAGCGCCUCGGACGAAAGCCCAAGGACUCCAACGACCAGCUCGGCCAGUCGCGCGACGGAGCUAACGCCGACGUCGUCCUCGGUCGCUCCUACGGCGCCGUGCGCGAGCUUCGCAGCCGUAAGAGCAUGGUAAAGCGUCCUGAGUCCGAACGCUCCACUCGCUCGAAAGACCGCGCCUUCUUCCGAAGAGGUGCUGCCACAGCCGCCGUCUCGUCCGGUGUAGCUGCCAGCGCAGCACGAUCUUCGGGACGCGGCAGCACUCUGAGCAACUCGGGCCGUGGCGGUUUCGAUGACGACUUUGACAGUGAGCUCGGCACCGCCAGACAGGGGUCCCGACUCCGCGGUCGCGGCCCACCCUCGACCAUCGCUACCGACCGCGGCACAGGCGAUGGCUCCGUCGUCGUGGUCUCUGACGUCCCUCCGCGCAUCACCACCCCCAUUGCGCUCCGAGAGGCCGAGAAUGCUCGCUCGCCAGAGCUAGUGGACCCCUACGCGUCACCUUCCACCAAUGAGCCGCAUGUACGAUCCAAGUCGCUCGCAGAGAGCGUUCAGCCCAGCGUGCUCGACAACAGCGAUACCGCCUCUGUCAUCCCUCCCUCCUCCCCGCUCAUUCCGCUCUCCGGACCGCUCAGCCACAGCGAUGCUGUCGUCCCGAGCCAGCGUCCUUCCAUGCAAUCCGUCAGAGACAAGGAGAUCGAUGACGAAACCAUGUCGCGAUCCCGAAAGCCAAGCAUGGACCUGCGCGCGGCUGCCGGCGGCGCACUCGGCGGUCUCGCCGCCAUGAUCGGCUUCGAUGCGCUGCGCGAGAACAAGAACGGACUGCCUCCCAAAGAUGACCCUGUAGCCACCGCUCUGGGUCUCACGGAUCAGUCGACCAGCUCCAAAGACGCUGGCCAGGCGAUUGAUUCGACCACAACGGCAACUUCUGCCGCUCCUGUCGAGCCCCCUGCCUCGAUCUCUGAUGCGACGCUCCUGCCGAGGAGGAAUCGCAGGAAGGGCAGCAAGGCAUCCGAUCUUCUUGGCAACAACGGCACUGCUUCCGGCACCGUUGCCGAUGGGGCCACAACGCAAGAGCAAGAUUCAGAACUUCCAUACGUCAUCAACGACGAUGCAGCGACAGAAAGAGCUACUCCUGCGCCUGCCCUGGCCGCACCUGCUGUGCUCGGCGCCGGUCUUGGUGGCUUGGCCGCCGCGGCUGCCGUCGCUACGGGCCACGAUGAUGCUGCCGACACGCAGGCCGACGCCAAGAAGAAGAAAAAGAAGAACAAGAAGAACAAGAAAAGGGGCACAGCCGCCGACGAACUUGCCGACGAACCGCAAACCGAGGUCGUCGAGCUUGCCGACGCCCCGCCAGCUCUCGCGCCCGUUCCUGCGGUCGAGCCGAUUCUGACUCGGGACUUCGCUACAGCCCCUUCUGCCACGGAAGGAUCCGAACUCGGCUUGGCUGACGACGAGGCCGGUCCACCUUCGUCGGUGGCUCCUGCGGGCGAGAAGAGCGGCUACGCACAGCUGGGCCUCGCUGCUGCGGCUGGGACACCAGUCGCCGCCGCCGCGGUCGUCGGUGGUCGAAGGUCCAAGACGUCCAAGCUGGCCAAAGGUGGCCGCGGCAUCGAGAAGCUCGCGCCCGUAGACGAGGACGACAACCUUGGCUACCGACGAACCAUCCCUGCCCCGGAGAAAGGCGGCUACCUCCUCACGCCGAGCAUCGCGCCGAGUGUCGCAGACCCCCUCGACGCUGGUCGCAGUGGCAUCGCUAGCUCUCGGGGCGACUGGCUCACCAAGGAUCUCUCGCCGCAGCAGACGCACUACUUCCUGCGCGAGCUCUCCGCUCGCGAGCUCCGUUGGGAGCUCGACCGCGCUUGGCUGCUGACCAGCUUCGAGAAGCCACAGCGCCAGUCGCGCCGUGCUCGCAAGGACUUCUCCGACAUUGAUGAGGACUCGCGCAUCAACGACUUUGACGAGUCCUCCGACGAAGACCUCCUUGCCGUGGACGAGGAUGAGGACGAGGAAGCUGUCUUCCGUCGCAGUCCCCAGCAGCUUGGCGCGCUGUACAACCAGACCAGCAUCCCGGAUCUUCCACUGCUGCGUUUCCUCUUCAAAAACGCCUUUUGCACCUUCCCGCUCUUUGUUGCCCCGGAGGACAAGGUCGAUCAGUACGUCGGCGGUCCACCAGACAAGGCGACGCUUGCGCGCACCUACUUCUUCACCGGCAUUCUGCCCCUCCUUCGUGCCAUCCAGACGCGCUCGCUGAGCGCCUGGGUUGACCGUCAUGGCGAGGGCGACGGCACACCCUUCAGCGCCGUUUCCACGACGGGCGCCCUUCGUCGUCAGCUGACCAAAUGGGCUGCGCGAUACGUCACCGCUGUCCUGCGCGUCGGACCCGGCGACCCCUACUUUGAGGACGAUGCGAUCCUUGGCAAGGAGUCCUGGCCGUGGCCUGCCUCAAACCUUCUGCCACCCGAGGCUUACUACGCCUUCCGCAAGCCUCUUGAUCGACUCAAGUACGGUGGCUAUGAGGUCGACAUUGUCGGUAUCCGUCGUCACACGCCGACCGAGCGAGAUUAUAUCAUUCGUCUUCGACGUCCGAACGCGCCGGACCAGUACGUUGUGCGCAACGACAACGAUUUCGAAGAGUUCCGACGAAACCUCGCCAAGGACCUCAAUCCUUUCGCGUUCGUCAAGUCCCUCCCGCGCACGCGUGGUCGUCCGGACGAGGGUGAGACCGACGAGGAGGAUGACAGCCCUUACGGCUCGGUCCGCUCGGAGAAGUUCAAUGCAGCCGGGCUCGGAUCGGCGGCGCUGUACAAGUCGCCCGUGGAUGCGCCUGGCCGCGACAGCGUGGACAGCCGACGACUUCGAGGUGGCGGACGCGACGGCCGCAGGCGCUACAGCUCCGGCGUGCGCGACGGCCGACCUCUUUUGGGCAGAGACGGUAUCGCAGCCGAUGAGGACAGUGAGGCUCUCGAAGACACUGCAGACGAGCUGAUCGACGAUGGCGACCGCUCCGACGCCACUUUGCAGCCCAGGCGUGGCCCCUCGCGCGCUGGCGCCGCACGUGGCGCUCCCGGGGAGACCACCCCGAAGACACGCAAGUCCCUGCUCUCCAUGGGCAAAGGCUCCUUGCGUCGUCUCGGCGGCAAGGACACGCCUCCGAUGGAUCGAUCGGGCUCGCUCCGACGAAAGGACGCAAGCGAUGGACCUCGUGGGGCUUCUAUGAGCCGGUCCGCAUCCAUGCAGCGCCGCCAGCCUCCCCCUCCUCCUCCCGCUGACCUCGAGACACGAGGCUCUCUGCGUCGAGCUCCACCCCGGGCUGGCGCCAUGGACUUCGAGGCCCGUCGUCAAAAGCUGCGUACAUGGCUCCGCGACGCACUCUCCAUCCGCGAGGCCGGCCACGGGGCAGAGACGCAAAACUUCCUCACAAUCGGUGGAUUCAUGGAGCGAAAUCUGCGCCGUACGGACCUCGAUGACAUCCAGGAGCGACGCCGCGAGGACAGGCACCGCCGCCAAGAGCACGAUCGCGAUGCGGCCGAGGCCGGCGACGAUGUCCACGAUCUGCGCGACGUGCGUGACGAGAUCUGGCUCGACUGCGUCGAAGGAGACGGCUUCCUCAAGAUGUACGAUGCGCUCCGCGAAACUCCCGACUACGCGCGACUGCCCCUCAACUACCAAAAGAUGGUCUCGUGGGGCAACCUGCAGACUGCACGCUGGCUCUACGGAGCCUUUGUGGCCGGCGACGAGUCCCGUGCCAACCUGGCCCGGGUGCAAGACGUGUACGAGUCGAUCCCGUGGAAGAAGCUUGCGUUCACGAUGAAGUCGCCCGUCGCGCAGAUGAUGCGCGCUUGGAGGGACCAGUUCCUGCGACGCGGCUUCCUGCAGGCCAUGCUGCACGUCGUCCUCGAGGACGAACCCGAGACCAUCGAGGAGGACCUGGUCGAGCUGCGAAGGGCGAUCGGAUCCGAGGUCAUGUUCCAGAAGCUGCGCGUGUUUGUCGAUUCGCCGGGCGACCUGAAGCGCCUCAUCCGCCAGCAUGCCGAGAAGGCCGGCGUCCCACUUGUCGCGGCCAUCGUGCGUGGCUCUGAGCAGCCCAAGCUGAACAGGGUCGAGGUGCAGCGCGUGAUGGAUGCGACGCAGGCCUACCAGGACUUUAUGAAGACCGUCCCGUCGGUCAACAAGAAGAACAACCACAAGGAGCCGGGCUACCUCUUGAUCACGAACCUGCAGCGCGCUCUGCGUCUGCUCUCGCUCCAGCGCGACGGCGCGCAGGUGCGUGGCAUGCUGCAAGAUCCGCUGAUUGCCGACGCGCUCUCGACCGUAUUCGAGCCGCUCAUGGAGGAGCUCAGGCGGCUGCACGGCGUCAAGGGCAUCGGAAAUGCGGUCAUGGACCUGCAGGCUUUCGUCGGCAAGCUCUUGGACCAUCUCACUGGCCUGCGUGCGCGCGUGGUCGACCCGCUGCACGCCGUCAACAGUAUCGCCGAGAUACUCGACGAUGCGGCUCCAUCGUGGUACGUGUUCUUGCGCCGCGCUGCGGAUGCGACGCCGACGGUGUUCAGCUUCUUCGCUUGGUUCCGUCAUCUGGCCAUGACCGUCGGUGCUGGGUCGGACGACCUUGCGCAGAUCUGGACCGAUCCGCCUGCGGCUCUCCAGCCCGAGGAUGACGACGGUCCUGACGGCGACCGUCAGUCGAUCAACGGCGACCAGAUGCCGGCUUACGAGGGGGCGCUGGAUCCAGCCACCAUGCGGGACAUCAACUCGCUCUCCGAGUACGGCCGUCGCAAGCGCAACCGCCAGAUGGAGAUCGCCUGCCGAUGGGCAGCUGGCGAUACCGAGGAGCACCAUCCCGUCCAGGUCCAGGGCGAUGGUCGCGGCAGGACUCGCACCGACCCGUACUUGCCGCGCGAGCCUCGCCCCGCUCGAAAGGCGCCCGGCCUCGACAGGUUCCGCAAGUCGUUCCGCGAGGCCAUCUCGGUCGCGCUCGACCGCUAG